AUGGGUGUUCCCGGUUCACCGAGCCCCUCUGUCGCCAGAUUCUAUGCCAGCAGUCCGAGAGAUGUUGGCGAGACAAUAGUGAACCAAGGCCUCUUGACCAGCCCAAGAAAACACGACGCACCCAUGCCCAAUGCGGCUGGCCUUCUUGAGGAUAGUCUCUGCUCUCUGCAAGUCUCUCUGUCGCCGUCGUUGGUCUCGGCGAAUGGCGCAGCUGUGCUCUCGAAUGGCGAGAUAACUCUGCUGAACGGACGUCGCCUGGUCGAGUACUCCGGCCGGACUGGAACCCUACCGACUGGCAGCCUGGCGUCACAGACACUCAUCAGCAGCGGCAGCAGCAGUAGCAGUGCCGGUGUGGCCGGUGCCGUCUGGCCGGCAGGCGGCUGUAGCUUGGCUCAGUGUCAGCUGUCGCAUCGUGCCCAUCCGCGUCAGCAUCAACACCGUCAUCAUCCCCUUCUCGAGCCUCACAACCAACAUCAACACCUCCAUCUUCAACAACAUCAACAACAACAACAACAACAGCAUUCCGAUAAAGUGUCCAGCCCUCGUGGCCUCGUCACUUCACCCAAGUUGAGCGACCGUUGCGGCAUCUCAGUCCCCACAUUCUCGCUGAUGAUGACCAACGGUGCCUCG